GAUUGUGAGGUGGUUUUCUUUGGAUUUUAUUCCUUUCCAUGGAACCUGGUUGGAUUUGACAUAAAUGGAUGAGUGAAGGGCUCCUCUUAGUGAAAAAGAAGUCCAUCAAUACAUACAUACUUUUCCUUGUAGUGUGCUAUAUAAAAACUCUGAACAGAUAUGGCGCUGUUUGGAACCCAGCUCAUCAUCACGAUGGUGGCAGCCUGCGUAUUGCAGAAGUUGGGACCCUACUACUCCCUGGCCAGGUGGCUGCUCUGCUCCAGCGGCCUGAGGAGAUAUCGAUAUCCCACGGAUGACAAGCUACGAGAGGCGGCGGGACUGGCCAAAAACGGCAAGAAGAAAGGGAAACACGAGGAGAAAACAGACAAUGGCUUUCUCAUACCAAAGAACACAGAGUUUGAGCUGGACACGGCGCCCGUGGAGCAUUUCGAGGUGAUCGGUUUCAACUUUUACACCGAGUACCAGUGGCUGGUGGACUUUGCCGUCUGGACCAUGGUCGUUUACGCCAUUACGGAGUGCUACUCGUGGCUGGUGGGGCCGCGGGACGAGGUGAACCUGAGCAUGCUCUGGUGUCUGAUGGUGCUGGGGUUCGCGGUGCGGCUGCUCGGCCGGCUGACGGCCGUGUUUUUCCGCUCGACGGACGGCUCCGGCGAGCUGGAGAUCUGCGCCGUCUCCGGGCUGGCCUACUUUGUCGUCUCGAUGGUGAUCCUGGUGACGAGUAACGACCUGCUGGAGCUGCAGCUGGAGCAGGCCUACGGCAGCUUCAAUGAGAGCGCCACCCACUUCCUGCGCGCGCACGGACUCGGCUCCAGCGGGCCGGCGUCCAUGUUUGCGUUCCGGCUGCUGCUGGCUGUGCUCUCCGGGUUCGCCGGCGCCAUCCUGAUGUUCCCCGGACUGCGCUACACACGGAUGCACCGGGACUGUAUCAGGGUGUCCUCCGAGAACCGUGCGCUGCAGCUGCUCUACCACGUCAACUUUGUGAUGCCGCUGCUGAACGUGCUGACCUGGGUGCGGCCGCUGUCGCGCGCCUACCUCACCGAGAAGGACAUGCCGUCCACGGGCGCGCCGCUGCUGAGUGACGCCUGGUUCGACAGCCUGCGCCUCUGGCUGCUGGUGGCCACUGUGGUGCUCCGCAUGCUGCUGAUGCCGCGUCACCUGCAGGCCUACCUCAACAUCAGCCAGGACAAGCUGGACAGGAUCCGCAAGGAGGCCGGCAGGAUCCGCAGCACAGAGCUGCAGAAGCGGAUCGUCAGCGUGUACUACUACGUGUGCGUGGCGGCUCUGCAAUUUGUCACACCUCUCAUACUCAGCCUGUACUUGGCGCUCAUGUACAAAUCACUCGGCGGGUACUCGUGGCUGGGCGCGGCGCCCGUCUCCGACCCGGAGCUGUCCCCGCUGCCGGCGCCGCCCACCGCCGACCAGCUGGGGUCACCCAGCCACCACGUCACCUUCACACUGGCGGCCGUGAAGCGGGUGUUCACGCCAGGCUUCUACCGCGGCCUGCUGGGCUACCUGACCUGGUGGACCAGCUUCGUCAUGUUCACCAGCUCGGUGGUGGGCUCCUCCCUGCUCGGCUACACGUGAACCUGGCGGAGGCGGCGGCAGUAGCAGCAUCCUAGUCAGUGUGCCGUGGCGCGGGCGUGCCCUAGGGAGGGAGGGAGGGUCGGCUGUACCAGUCCGGGCAGCCGGUAUGGGUAUCACAUCCCUACAGAUCUGAUGGAGUUAGGCAGAGUCUCCGUGCCAUACAGUCCGUCUCCCCGUCCCGCCGUGGUGACGUUUCAAUUGAACCCCGUCUGCAGUCAUGUGUGGUGUCGUUUGAGGUUUGAAGCGUGACCGUGUCAAUGGGUGAGAGCGGAGUCAGCCGAAAUGGAAGUGGAGAGGGAUGCAGCGCUCGGAACCUGCCAGUGUCUAUUUAGGAAUGUGAAUCGAAACGUUGGGGGCAAACAGUGUAAGGCAAACGUUCGCAUCAGCUGUUGUUUAUAUUUGUACUUUUUUACCUGAAUGAGUGCCUGGAUGUGGUGGUAUGAAUGAUUCAUUCGUUACAGUUUCUCUUGGAAUGUUGUUGAUUAUAAAUAAAAUACAGUAAGCAA